GUACUAGACGAUGUGACAACCGUAAUUAAAGACAAGAUGAAGGCUGGAUUAGAUGAGCAUUACGACGAAAUUAAACUAGAUAUAAUAAAAAGAAAACAAGAAGAUCUUCUAUGUCUUGCAUCUAACACCGCCGAGAGAAUGACACAGAUACAAGAUAAAACUGAAGAUUCUGUAAAAAGAUUACAUGAUGAAAGGGACAAAGCAAUUGAUACACUUCGAAAACAGGGAGAUAAAGAACAAACAGACCUGGCUGAAUUAGGAAAGACGCUACAAGAAAAACUGAAAACAGCAAGUAAAGCCGAGAAAGAUAAACAGUAUAUUGAUUCUUUACAAAAGAAACCAUAUACAUUGAACACAAGAAGAAAGAAACAAAGCACCAAGAGGCCGUUCAUAGAAAUUAAUCACUUGUCAAUAGGAACAUUUGUCUUCAAUCACACCUCACACAAAAUGGAACAAAAUGUGCCUAAACCAGAAAAAGCUAAGCUUUUUGAAAGUUACUACUCGGAGUUUAGUGCAAAGGAAGAAGAAUGUCACCAGUUUGCAUCAACAUGGGGUUUUAAUGCAAAAUCGCCUCGUGGAAACUUUAUAGAUACGCGAGAUUGUUCCCCCAUUACUGAGAGUGUGUUCGAGUCUAUUGUUAAAGUGGAAGCCUCUCGCUCUGUUUGCAUGAUUUGCUUCCCUGGUGGUGGGAGAGCUACCGGGUUUCGUGUUGGACCUAGAUAUAUCAUGACUGCCAAUCACGUUGUUGAUCAUAUUUUAGGUAGCAAAGGCUUUGGGCAAAAAGGAAACACUCAAACUUGUUUCUCGGCAUUAAACAGUGCGGAAGUGUAUGCCCGUUUCGAGUUUAUAAAAGACGGGCCUAUUACAGAACAUCAAAUAUUUAGGUUUAAGGCAGCUGUUCAUUUUCGUGAUAACGAAACUGAUUGUGCUAUUCUUGAACUAGAGGAAAAAUGUAAUGGGACUGAAAUACCGCGUUCAUUUAAAUAUUUUUGUUUAACAAGACUUAAUAAAAAAUUUAGUUUGAUCGGACAUCCAUUAGGAAAUGCAAUGGAAUUUAACCACGUGGACAAGAUUAUUGAUAUUGAAAGUGAGGAAACCAAAAGGGACAUUAUUGAAGUAAAACAAAGGAGUUUGAAACACUCAGGCAAAGAUUAUGAUAUGCCUCCGCAUAAUAUCCUGAAUAAUCCUAAAAGAUUUUUGUUUCAUUGCAAGUUCACAAAAGGUGCAUCUGGAUCGCCUGGUGUGGUCACCUGCUCCGACGGGCGUAUUGUAGUUGUGACAAUGUUAUUGUGCGGACUUCCGGAUUGGUAUUAUGACUCAAACGUUGAUGCUAACGUUAGAUCCCAGUGGCCGAAAGAUCAUUGUGUUGAACAAGGGGUUAAUCUUAAAUAUGUCUAUGAAAAGAUGUAUCAAUGCAACAAAUCGCUGUGCAAUCAAAUAUUCCAUGAUGAUGAUGAGUCUAAAUCUAAUUAAAACUCAUUACAGGACAAAUGCAUUUGAGUUGAAAGCAGUUUAGGAAAUAAUGUAUAAAAUACAUGUCUUUGAGUAAGAUGUUCUGUUUUAUGCUUACAAUUACGGCAAAAAGGAAAUUUGAAAGGUUGCUUUAUAACCAUAGACAAAAAGAGCAAAAGUGUAUAUGUUGCAUUUGCUUUUGGUUAUAUCUUCAUUAUAAUAAGAUAAAAUAUAUCAUUAGUUAUAAUGAUUUGACAAGUAAUUUGACCUAGAUAAACCCUGUUAGUAAAUAUAAAAGAAGCUUUCAGGCUCAAUAGCGAACAGUUUGUAUACAUUACCUUUUAACUUUCAAGACUUGGUGUUGGUGAUGAUGAUAAUAUGUAAUGGAUAAUGUUGUUGUUAUUAUUAUUAUUAUUGUUAUUAUUAUCUUUUUUAUUAUUCUAGAUGACUUGCUGGCUAAUUAAAGUUAUGCUUUCUCGCUAAUUCCCAGUGAAUGUAUAUAUAAAAUUAUGUGAUAUAUUUUGACAUAUAGGUAUGUUGGAUUUUAUCAUUUUUCUCUGCUUUAUAUUGUAGAAAUAUAGU